GAAGGGCGCAUUAGGAGUUGGGAAGUGGGACGUCCAGUGUCACGUGACAUGGGCUGCCAUAGUAACACGUCUCCCUGCCUUGCAUCCAAUCAGAUAUGGACAGUGUCUGUGACGUCAGGGAAAGCAGGGCCUAUAAAUCCAGCCAACGGCCUUCAACCCCCCCCCCCACCGGUCUUCUGGGAUGGGCUACGGGGAGGGGUGGCGCUGUCGUGUCCCAACCAUCCUCGGAAACUGAACCCUCUGAAACGGAGAUGGCGAAAGCGGAGACCUCCAAACCAGAGCCGUAUGAUGCGGAACCAAAACAGGCAAAGCAGAAGACAGCUAAUGGCCGCCGUCGCCGUCGCCGGCACUGCCGUAAGGACAAUUUCUCAAGUUUUGCUACCUAUUUCCCCGGGGUGCUGAGGCAAAUGCAUAAAGGCCUGAGUCUUUCCCACGACUCCGUGAACAUCCUGGAUUCGUUCGUGAAAGAUAUGUUUGAGCGGAUUGCCGAGGAGGCCGGGCGCCUGGCCCGCUACAACAAGCGCCGCACCAUCACGCACGAAGACAUCGAGGCAGCUGUGCGUCUUCUGUUGCCUGGGGAGCUCCGCAAGCAUGCCAUAACCGAGGCCACCAAGUCGCUCAUCAGAUACCACACCUGCAGAUGAACUGCCUCAGGACUGUCUGACCAUCGCAAACCAGACUUAAGGGUUCUCCCCUUAGGCCCUACAUUCAAUCUUUAAAACAUUUCUACCUCAACGAAAACAUUAAGAACCUCCUGACCUUUGCUUCAA